GGGGGAUUGUGGAACUUGUAGGCAACGCCUAAAUCCGGAAGAAAACAACAGCUCCCAGAGUUCACCUUUGCCUAGCUUUAUUACACUGUUCAUGGCGUCUGGUCGAGGGACAGGUCGCCGUCUGACAAACAGAUAGGCCGUUCACUUUAACGGUUUUGUGUUGACUGUCUCAGUGAGACACGAUGGAGGUGGACAGUGUCAAAGUGGAGGAUGAGAGGCGUUUGACGGUGCUGAGGUUUGAAGCUGCCGUCAAAGUGAUCAAGAGUUUGCCCCCCGAUGGUCCCUUUCAGCCCUCCAACGACAUGAUGCUCAAGUUCUACAGUUACUACAAACAAGCCACUGUGGGCGCGUGCAAUAUACCCCGACCUGGCUUUUGGGAUGCAGUUGGCAAAGCAAAAUGGGAUGCAUGGAACUCUCUCGGAGAUAUGCCAAAAGAAGAAGCAAUGGCAGCGUAUGUUGAUGAAAUGAAGCUGAUCCUGGAGGGCAUGCCCAUGUCAGACGAGGUGGAGGAGCUCCUUCGCGUCCUCGGCCCGUUCUAUGAGCUGAUCGAGGAGAAGAAAAAGAUCACACAGAUAUCAGACCUGAGCACAGGGUUUGGCGCAAUGUUGAAUUCAGCAUCAUCGAAGAGCGUCGCAAAGAGCAUCGUCAGAACGAUGGAAAUGAACGGCACUCUGGAGACUCGUCCAUCCAGACUCAAGUCAAAGGAAAAGUCCGAUGAAGAAACACCAGAGGAGGAAGAAGAUGAGGAUGAGGAGGACGAGGAGGAGGAAGAAGUGGUGAUAAGGGACGUCAAAAAAGACAAGAAAUCAGCAGCUUCGCAGCCAAAGAAGAAAGGUUCAGCCAGGAGACACAAAGUCCCCCUGUCCAACGGUAAAGUGGCCAACGGGGUCGUCCAUCUGACCAAUGGGAGUCAUUCGAGAGCUGCUCUGAACAGUGACAACUCUCAGGAGGGUUCAGUUGGCGAGCCUCUGCUCAACGGUCACCACGCAGAUCCCGGUGUAGAUGUGACUGGUCCCAGCCACCUGGCCAGUGACUCAGACAGCGAAGUCUACUGUGAUUCUGUGGACCAGUUCGGCCAGGAAGAGAACUCAGAGCAUAACCGCUCUUUGGACGACCUGGAGGAAGAGGAGAACCACGUCCUGCCGCCGCUAGAGGAGCCCCAGGCGACUCAGGAGCUCCAGGAGGAUGUUCACGGUGCACCACAGGGCAUCAGGUGUGGAGGAGAAGAUGGAGAGAACAGUGGAGCGAUGUCACAGAGACAGAGACUGAACGUAGACAUGCCGAGCAGCUCUUUGGUCAGAAGAGGAAGAGGCUCCAGGUCUCCGGGCCGCGGCUCUGGAUCUCUGAUGCCUGCGUACAGUGGAGGAGACGGGGACGGGGACCGCUGGGGAGGAGCGGGAACACCUGGGGGGAGCCUGAAUGAGCAGAUAGUGGUGGCGCUGGCGAGACUGCAGGAGGACAUGCAGAGCGUUCUGGAGAGGCUGCACACCCUCGAGGCUCUGACCGCGAGCCAGGCGAGAUCAAUGUCUCUGUCUCCAACUUAUGCAUCACCCCCGGUGAAUAAGAGGAGUCAGAAACCAUCCUGGUGGCCUUUCGACAUUUCUCCGACCAGUUUGGCUUUUGCUGUUAUUUGGCCAUUUGUGGUACAGUGGCUUAUUCGCCUAUACAUGCAGCGGAGAAGAAGACGAAUCAACUGAACUUGCUCUCAUCUAAAAACCCAUGGGCACAGACGAUGAAGAGGAGUCCUCUAAAUGUCUCCGGUUGGGUUGCUAAUGGCUGUAACUCCCCCCUGCUUAGACCCACAGCCCAGUAAUUUGCUUUUGCACUAUUAAGAAGGCAUCUAGAGUAAUGAGUGGGAGGAUGAUUCCUCUGGAGCGUGUUGUACUGCAGAUGUGGAAUCAGAUAGAAACAUGAAUGUAUGGGCUCAGAGCCUGCGAUUAUACACCCUUUUUAAGAUGAUCCCACUAUACUGGAAUAUUUUUCUGUGUAAGAAAUGGUUUAUGUCGAGAGGAGGAACCCACAGAGGGGAUGUUGUCAGCGUGUUUAUAAACCAACUACAGCAGCUUCCCCAUUACUUCCAUGGCUAAGGCUGUGUUGCACAUAAAAUGGGCCCGAUACUUAAGUUUGAGCGUAAUGCUUGAUGUGGUUAUCAAUUGUCACAGUUCACUUUCAUUAGUUGCCCAGUUAAUGCUGCUAUGAUAAAAUUUAAUAACUGUAGUUUAGAGGGGAGGAUUGAAUGUAACAAUAUAUUGAUGUGUGUAAUUCUUUUAAACUCUUUAUAAUAAGUUAAUAUUUAUUGCUUUUAGCAAGUUAUAAUGAAGGCAUUACCGGCCAGAUUUCAGCUGUAUGAAUGAGGUUUAUGUUUAAAAUGACUAAAUAUUGUUUAUGGAAGUGUAAUGCAUUCACUUGAGAAGAAAAAAAAGAAUAUUAUCUAAAAAAUGUAACGAAAUAAUGUUGUAAAUUCUUGUUUUUCUGAAUUAACUAUGUAAUCUAGUAAAUUCUCACAAGCUGUCAUAAAUUCCUGUUGAGAAGAGAAAAUGUAAAUUCUUGUUUUUCUAAAUUAAGAAGAUAAUGGGGCAAAUUCAGUUUUUUCUAAAUUAAGAAGAUGAUGGCCUAAAAUUUGUGUUUCUGAGUCAAAAUUCUCAUUUUCUGAAUUAAUAAGAAUUUCUUAGAUUCAUUUGUUGUAAAAUCUCACUUUUCUGAGUUAACAAGAUAAUGUGCACUCUUGUUUCUUUAACCUAGUUAGAUAAUCUUUUGAAUUUGCCUUUUUCCAAACUAACGAGAUGUAACAAGACAUUGUAAAUUCCAAUUUUUCUGAAUUAACGAGAUAACCUCAGAAAUUCUCAUUUCCCGAAUUAAAAAAAUAAUAGCCUACAUUUUCAUUUUUUGCAGUCACGAGAUAAUAAUCUUAUUAAUUUAAAAAAAAAAACAGCUGCUUUUUCUUCUCAACCGGAUGUAUUUCACUUCCGCAGGUUUGCAUAGUUUAGACAAGGUUAGUGAAACGUUGUCGUCAGCUGUCCUGCUGCAUAUCAGUCUGUGCUUUACGUCCAAGUGGACUCCCACUUAAAAUUGUUUUCCAAAUAGAAGUGCCUCAACAUCAUAAGGUACAUUCAUACUGUAGCUGGUGUUAUGAUUUCGUACAUUCACAUAUUGUAGCAUAACUGUUCCAGUGCUGGACCAAAUUCACAUGAAUCAUAACUACCUAGUGAGCCAUAAGGUGGUGAGAAUAUCCAACAGCGUCAUUGUCCACUCAGAUAUCUGAUUAUUGAUGCUUAACACUUGUCGCCGUCUGUGUUGUUUACGCUGUCAAGUUUUUGUAUAUCGUAUAAUUUUAACGUGUGAUGUAAUAUGUUUGUACAAAUAAUUGUGGAAAGAUUUUGUGUGAGUGAUAAUAAUCAUAAAUUGUUUGCAAAGCUGUGAGAUCCGUGUAAAUUGUAAACAAUAGCUGUACAGUUCAGAUUAAAAUGCAGUAUUUUAAUUGCAUUCCCAUGUAUUAUUAAUAUAGAGUUCUAUAUCAUUUACAAAGGUUUGCAUCUGCAAUAGCACUAAUCUUUCCAGAGCCAUUAUGUUUUAAUAAAAAAAAGUAAUAGUUUACCUUUCUACUGAAAUGUACUAAGGCUUUCUCACCCUCUCUGCCUGUGGAUAGAGUGGUGUUUGCAUGUGAUAAUCCAAGCCUCAAAUAAAGUUUUCAGAAAGCA